AAUCGAGCGCAUCUAGGAUGAAAGGAACUCUGCGGGAUUUAGGACCCGGCAGAAAACGCGGUACAAUAGAGCUGUUGUGCAGCGGAGGAGGAGGAGGAGGACCGAGUCUCAGAAGAGAAGAUUCAAACAUAAAAAGCAGGAUUUAAUGUGGAACCAGAAACGGAACCUCUGUUUUACAUGAACACGGUCACUGUGGACGGACAUACGCGUGGGAUCAAGAGACGAGCAGCGCGGAAAAGUGGAGGUAUGACAUUAAGCUGUUAUUGAACACCAGAGGAGUUCACAGCAUGCUUUUCAAUCUGAACUUUAUGGAUGUUACAGGAUGAAGCGUCUCAGGUCGUCGAGCAGCAGCGACUCGUCUGACAAUGACAGUCCUUCAACCUCCUUCUGCUCAUCGCACAAGUAUGGCAGCAAGCCUGGAACCCCGGCCUCCAACCCCAAGAAACCAGCUGAAGUGUUCAGAAAAGACCUGAUCAGUGCCAUGAAGCUUCCGGACUCUCACCACGUCCCUCCUGAGGAUUAUUACCUGCUGGCCGACACCUGGAAGCAGGAGUGGGAGAAGGGAGUCCAGGUUCCUGCCAGUCCAGACACCGUCCCCGAGCCGUCGGUCAGGGUGAUUGCGGAGCGGUCAAAGGAAGUCCUGUACUCGCACCAGAGGAAGUACAUCCAGUGUUCCUGCCUCGAGUCCACCGACCCCGGGUACGUCAACAUCAAAGAACUGGCCGAGGACAUGUGUCGCUACGACCUGGACGACAUGGACCUGCGCUGGCUGCACGCGCUCAACACACAGCUGCAGCGCAUGGGGGAGGGGCCUGUGGACGAGCUCACGAUGGAACGCGCCAUGGAGGCGCUGGAGCGGCAGUGUCACGAGAACAUGAACCACGCCAUCGAGACGGUGGAAGGUCUGGGCAUCGAGUACGACGAGGACGUCAUCUGCGACGUGUGUCGCUCUCCUGACAGCGAGGAGGGAAACGACAUGGUUUUCUGUGACAAGUGCAACAUCUGUGUUCACCAGGCUUGUUACGGCAUCGUUAAAGUCCCCGUUGGAAACUGGUUGUGUAGGACGUGCGUCCUCGGCAUCGACCCGCAGUGUCUCCUGUGUCCCCAGAAGGGCGGCGCCAUGAAGGCCACGCGUGCAGGCACUAAGUGGGCACACGUGAGCUGUGCUCUGUGGAUCCCAGAGGUGAGCAUCGCCUGUCCUGAGAGGAUGGAGCCCAUCACUAAAGUCUCUCACAUCCCACCCAGCCGCUGGUCUCUCAUCUGCAGUCUGUGUAAACUCAAGACAGGAGCAUGUAUCCAGUGCUCCGUGAAGAACUGCACCACUCCUUUCCAUGUGACGUGUGCCUUUGAGCACAGCCUGGAGAUGAAGACCAUCCUGGACGAAGGCGACGAGGUCAAGUUCAAGUCUUUCUGCCUGAAACACAGCAAACCCAAGUCCGGUGAGGUCACUCUGAGUCCGGCUCGCUCCAAACCUCCUGCCACUGAGGCUGUGAAGGUGGGUCAGCGAGCACAGAGGCUGCAGGAGCUGGAGGAGGACUUCUACACUCUGAUCCAGAUGGACCAGCUGAGCCGGGCCCUGGGCCUCUCCCAGCGCCUGGUGGACUUCAUCUACCAGUACUGGAAACUGAAGAGGAAAAGUAACUUCAACAAAGCUCUGCUGCCCCCUAAAGAGGAGGAGGAGAACCUGGUGCUGCAGCCUCACGAGGACAGCAUCCACACACGCAUGCGCAUGUUCAUGCACCUGAGACAGGACCUGGAGAGGGUGAGGAAUCUGUGUUACAUGGUGAGUCGUCGUGAGAAGCUGAAGCUGCUGCAGAGUAAAGCUCAGGAGAAGAUGUUUAAUUUACACGUGCAGCUCAUCAACCACGAGCUGUCUGCUGGUCUUCCCGCUUCGUUCCCGGUGGAGAACACGCUGUUCCGUCCUCCUCCACGGAUAACGCUAAAGCUGAAAAUGCCCAAAGCUUCGACUCUGGGAAACGGAAACUGUGGCUCCAAAUCCGGGAACGGACCUCUGUGUCCGGACAACAGCGGGAACGUUUCUGAACACACGGGCGAGGGUCUGGGUCAGGGGAAACCUCAGCUGCACGGUCACAUUCGCAGAGAGGAGCGCUCCAACGGACGCCUGCCGUCCUCGAGCCGCUCCAACAACGCGCCGCUGCCCGUUAAACCCACGGGGAAACCGCUAGCGCUGCACGCGGCGCUACACGGUCACUCGUCCAACGGCAAACUGGACCAGGACCGAGCUCGCGGAGCCAAAGCUAACGGCCUCUUAGAGAAGUUCAUGGUUCAGAAGGACAGUUCGUGUCAGACGGCGAGUCACCAGGAUGCGGCCAACGAGCCGCUGGACAAGAGCAGCUUCCGUAAAUGUGCCAUGGAACACUUCGGCAGGUCUUUCAAAGAGGCCACCAUUAACCUGGUCCGGACCACGGAGGACCUGCGGGCCUCCGACAAACUGUCCCGCAAAGGCCCAGCCAAGGAGCGACUGUGGGCCAAACCCACGUCCGAACACAAAGUGAAGAGCGCACGCUCGCACCAGGACAGUGACGGGUACUGUCCCGACCUGGAGCUCAGCGACUCGGAGCCCGAGGCCAGAGGGAGGAACCGGCACCGGCAGGUCGGGAUCAGCCGAGGGAAGCCGAACCUGGGCUCCAGACACGCAAAGGUUCAAAGGUGACGGCUAAUGUUAGCUUUUUGUUUCUUUUUUACUCCGCCCACUGCCACCGAUCUGUCCAGACCCUGUGACGGUCGACCCAAGUGCCAGAACCAGAACCAGACUUAACACUAAUGGUGCUGCUGAAGACCUGCAGCAGAAGAUGUUUGACUCUGUAGAAAUAAAUCUGUGAUGAUCCUGAA